UGCGCGGGCCCCGCGGCGGGCGGCUCCCAUCGGUGUCUCUGGGCUCCAUCGCGCGGCCUGUCCCGCUCCGCGGGUGAUUGAGCGGCCUGGCCGGCGCGCGGCCCCCCCCGCCAUGGGGCUGCUCUCGGACCCGUACCGGCGGCGGGCGCUGUCGCGGCUCAUCCUGCGCCUCAACACGCCGCUGUGCCUCCUCAGCUACGUGGCCGGGCUGGGCUGGUUCCUGGCCCUGGCCCUGCCGCCGGUGGCCCCCCGCACCUACAUGUCGGAGAACGCCAUGGGCUCCACCAUGGUGGAGGAGCAGUUCGCCUACGGCGAGCGGGCCCUCUCCUACGCCCGCGAGUUCGCCGGGCACAAGAAGAAGGCGGGCGGCAUGCCGGUGGCCUGGCUGGAGAAGACCAUGUGGAACCUGGGCCUGGAGGUGUACAAGCAGCCCUUCGCCCGCACGCUGCCCUUCCCGGACGAGACCCGCGAGAGAUACAUGGUGAAGGGCACCAACGUGUACGGCAUCCUGCGGGCGCCGCGGGCGGCCAGCACCGAGUCGCUGGUGCUCAGCGUGCCCUGCAGCGAGGGCCAGCACAACCACCAGGCCGUGGGGCUCAUGCUGGCCCUGGCCUCCUACUUCCGAGGCCAGAUCUACUGGGCGAAGGACAUCAUCUUCCUGGUGAACGAGCACGACCUGCUGGGCAUGGAGGCCUGGCUGGAGGCCUACCACGACGUCAACAUCACGGAGAUGCAGUCGUCGGGGACGCUGGGCCGGGCGGGGGCCAUCCAGGCGGCCGUGUCGCUGGAGCUCAGCAGCGACGUCGUCACCAGCUUCGACGUGGCCGUGGAGGGGCUGAACGGGCAGCUGCCCAACCUGGACCUCGUCAACCUCUUCCACGCCUUCUGCCAGAAGAACGGGCUCCUCUGCACCAUCCAGGGCAAGCUGCAGCGCUCCGACUGGGACACGCUGCCGGCCUACGCCCACAGCCUGCAGACGCUGCUGCUCAUGGUGCUCAAGCAGGGCUCGGGGCGGCCCCAGGGCGACCACGGCCUCUUCCUGCGCUACCACAUCGAGGCCAUCACCCUGCGCGGCAUCAACAGCUUCCGGCAGUACAAGUACGACAUGAGCACCGUGGGCAAGACCCUGGAGGGGAUGUUCCGGAAACUCAACAACCUGCUGGAGCGCCUGCACCAGUCCUACUUCUUCUACCUGCUGCCCUCGCUGUCCCGCUUCGUCUCCAUCAGCGUCUACAUGCCGGCCUUCGGCUUCCUCAUCCUCAUCCUCAUCCUCAAGGCCCUGGACCUGUGGAUGAAGCUGAGCAAAUGCGACGCCGGCCCCGCCGAGCGGCUCUGGGACGGCGACCAGGGAGCUGCCCACGCCGCCGUGGAGGAGCCCCGGCCCGGACUGCUCACCCUGGUGCCCCCCCUGCUCAUCUGCCACGCCACCGGCCUCACGCUCUACUUCUUGCCGGUGCUGGGCCAGCACGUGGCCACGCAGCACUUCCCCGUGUCCGAGGCGGAGGCCGUGGUGCUCACGGUCAUCGCCAUCUACGUGGCCGGCCUGGCCCUGCCGCACAACACGCACAGGGUGCUGACGGGCUCCGGGAGCGACCGCGGCUGGAUGACGCUGAAGCUGCUGUCGCUGCUCUACCUGGCCAUGCAGCUGGGCUGCAUCGCCCUCGUCAACUUCUCCCUGGGCUUCCUGCUGGCCGUCACCAUGGUGCCCGUCGCCGCCGCCGUCCAGCCCACGGGGCCCAGGUACCUGUACGCGGCGCUGCUGGUGCUGGUCACGCCGGCCGUCACACUGCUGCUCGGCAUCUUCCUGUACCAGGAGCUGAUCGAGUACCCGGUGUCGGUGCUGGAGUGCUGGCAGCUCUUCCUGCAGGCCGUGGCCGGGGGGCUGCUGGACCACUACCUCUACGGCUCCGUCGUCUUCCCCUUCGUCGCCAUCUUCCUCUACCCCUGCUGGCUGCUGCUCUGGAACGUGCUCUUCUGGAAGUAGCCGGGGCGCGGCUGAGCCCCCCCGGAGCCGUGGGGCGGGACGCGUGCUGGGGGUGGCCCCUGGGGGUCCUGCCCCGGGGGGCUGUCGCGGCUGGGGGUGCCGGGAGCGGGGCCGCGGUCUCCGGUGGGUGCA